CAACAAUAAUCAAAAGUCUAAUUUAUCAGCUGGUUUUAAACGAAAGUCAAUUGGAAAUUUUUCGAUAAAUAAUGGACAAUCAAAAUCGACUUUAUCUAAUCCACUACAUGAAGACUCAAUGUCAAAUUCUUUGUCAUCAUCAUCGACAACAUCUACAGUAACCUUACUUGAAAAACCCAAAAAAAUGAGGAGAGCAUCUUCAUCGUCAACAUCAUCGUCACAAUCCGUUCAAUCACAGGCUCCAGCGAGCUUACCAACCUGCUCAAAAUCACCUUCGCCUGUACCUCUCUCUCCAACAUUGGUGCCUCAAAAGUCACCACCUGAAGGACGUAAGGCCUCCAUGUCUUUGAAUCUUUUCAAGUCCGUGUCUGACGAAAAAAAAGCACCUCAGUUUACUUUAAGUGAAAUUAGUUCUUCAACCGCAACGCGCAUUGAACAAUCUGGAACCGAUUAUUUCAGCGCUCCGUUAUGUUCCUUGAACAAACAAGAGAAAAAUUCAGAAUCUUGUACUAUCACUUCAGAUGACGAUUUGGAUGACGAAGAUUGUUCGGAUUACGGCGAGAAAGACGUAUUCCAGCCAGAAUCGCCGCGAGCCGUUCCAUUGACACCAUUUGCUAAUCAGGUUGGAGGUCACACUUCUUUCUUCCGAUUCUCGAAGAAAGCUGUUUGCAAGCCAUUAUGUCGACAAGAAAAUCUCUUCUAUGAAACACUGGAAACGCAACAUCCGGAAUUAUUGCCAUAUGUCCCUAAGUAUCUUGGUGUCUUGAACGUCACGUACAAAUGUCAAGGAACAAAUCGAUUGCCAGAAGUUGUGAUCGAACAAAACAAACACAUUCUGCCGCGAUGGAUGUUUAAUAAAGUAUUUGGUAAUGAUGAAAAUAAGGAUGAAAAGAAAUGGCUUAAUGAAGGAUUGCGUGGAUCAACCAGAGUCAACAAUAAAUUAAAGGAAGAAGUGCUCAGAGAGGUGUUAUCUCCUCGCGCAAUUCGUUCAAAGAUACGUCAAGUACGUGCUUUACAAAAAGAACCAUCUUUAAAGCGACGGCAUUCCACUCUAAGCUUAUCUUCACUCACAAAGUCAAAGAAUGAUUCAAAAGAAAUGUCACGUAGCUUUACAGAAAUUAAAAUGAUCACAAAACAACUAUCUUGCUCCCGAUCAGAAGAAAACUAUGAGACGACACCUCAAGAAUCCGAACAUUGGGAAACGAACAAUCCAUGGUCACUACAUUGCCUAACUGCUCAGCUCUCAAAAUCAAAUGUUCAAGAAGAAAAAUUAGAACAAUUCAUACUUUUAGAAGAUCUUACAGGCGGAUUAAAAUAUCCGUGUGUAUUAGAUCUUAAGAUGGGCACUCGACAAUUUGGAAUUGAUGCCACGCCCAGUAAAAGAGACAGCCAGAUGAAAAAGUGUGCAAAAACUACUAGCAAAACCUUGGGUGUACGUAUUUGCGGAAUGCAGGCAAGUAUCUAUUUUUCAUUAGGGGGAUUGGUAUAUAAGACAACAAAGAAUACAUUCGAUUUUACGGAUAAAUAUCAAGGAAGAAAAUUAAAUGCAUCUUCUUUCCGUGAAGCUCUCGGUGAAUUUCUAAACAAUGGACAAGGAGUAUUAGUGCAUCACAUACCAACCAUAAUACGUAAACUACGCAAUCUCGCUCGUAUUAUUCGCAGUUUAAGCGGAUAUCGAUUCUAUGCAAGCAGUCUUCUACUAAUAUAUGACGGAGACCCACAAAACUCGCAAGAGAUAGAUAUAAGGUUAAUCGACUUUGCACAUUGUACGACUGGAGACGACUAUACGAAAGAAGAGUGUCAUUACCCACCUUCUAAUCCUUCUUCCUUCGAUACUGGAUAUAUGCUUGGACUGAAAAAUCUGGUAAAAGCAUUCACAUCGAUAUAUUAUUCCCAUACCGGAGUAAACUUGGAAGACGAAAACGACACAGUGUUCGACGGAAUAUCUUCUAAUGAAUUAUCGAGUAAAGAGUGUUCUAUGAUAAAACUCGCAACUGCCACUUGA